AUGGCCCUGGACCCCCUCUUCACCUUCAGCGACGCGCAAUGGGCUCUCUAUCUAGUCCUCAUGCAGCUUCCCCUCAUUUUACAACCAUCCCAAUACCGCCCAUUAUUUUUCGUGCCAAUCCUUGCAUUGACAGUGUACACGGCCUUCUCGACAAAAGGCCGCUUUCUCGACGACUACUACAACUCCCUGCAAUGGAUGACCUACUUCUUCUUUGCCUCGGACUACAUCCUCAUGACGGAUGUGCAAAGAGAGUUGCGGCAAGUGCCAGGGGACGCCGACACGAAAAACGGGAUCGAAAACGCGUCACUGUGGCGGCGGUUUUGCUGGGCCAACUCUUUGUUUUUCAGCCCCCGUGGAGUUGGCUGGGCACACGAGCCAACCGACUCGCUGCCGCCCCACCCACCAUUAAACAUAUCACGGACGCGUUUUGUCCUCCAGCGACUGCGCAGCGCGGUAGUCUUCUUCCUUAUCCAUGACCUGUGUAACCUCCACGUGCGCGCCAACCCGAUGUUCUACCCUGAGGGCCCUGGCUGGCGCUCAGACGGCUGGCUCUGGCGCUAUAUCGUCACAGUUUCAUGGGCCUUGUCGGCAUCGACUGCCCUGUGCCUAAUAUUCUCGCUGUUGAGCGUACUCGCCGUUGUGACGCGUUUCUCAGAGCCCCAAGCGUGGCCUGCUCUCAUGGGUAGGCCCGGGGACGCGUAUACGAUCCGACGGUUCUGGGGUCGGACAUGGCACCAGUUAAUGCGCCGAUUCGUCUCAUCGCAUGGCAGACGACUGGUCCAAUUCCUCGGACUUCGUCGCGGCAAAAACCCCUCCGCUUACACCCAGCUCUUCGUGGCCUUCUUCAUCUCUGGCGUCGUCCACUACGCUGCUGAGGUUAUUGCUAUGCGCAACUACGCCGGCAUGGCGAUGAUAUUCUUCAUGCUGCAGCCGUGUGGAAUCAUGUUGGAAGACUUUGUCAUCUGGUGUGGCCGCCGUGCUGGCUGGGAGAGUGACAAAUGGAAUUACGUCGGCUACUUCACGACGCUGACUUGGUUUGCGUUGGUGGGGCCGCUGUGGCAGGAAACUCUGGUACGGGAGGGACAGAUGACCGAGGGCUUGCCUGUGAGUGUGAUCAUGGGUGUUUGGAAAGGCCAGUGGGUGCAUGGACCAUUUCCUACGUUACAUUAG